AUGCGCCUUGAUGGUCCUCCUCUGACCAGGCUUGCCCUCGCGAUACCAAAACUACGGUAUAUUGGGCGAACCACUCCUGGUCCCUCAUAUCAUUGUCAGAUUCAUCGCACUAUAUGCCAUCAUGCGCGUCCCCGUCGCGUCCGCGUCUCUUCCGCAACACCGCAGCUCCAAUUACGAAGGGGCGCUAAAACGCAGACUACUGUCAAAUUGAAAGAUCUCCCACAGGGAGUGCUGAGGUUGGAUCCUUAUGAAGAUAGAACUGAUGAUGCCCCUCAAUAUCCAACGGUCGUCCAAGGACACCGAAACAACAUGCAGAAAUUCAGCAACUGCGUUAUCUUGACAAGAGUGGGGGGUUUUUAUGAACUUUAUUUUGAACAGGCCGAGGAGCUUGCGCCGUUGCUCAGCCUCAAACUCGCGUCUAAAAAGACAAGUGCAGGUCCAGUUCCCAUGGCGGGAUUCCCAUUCUUCCAGUUGGAUAGAUUUCUCAAAAUACUUGUCCAAGACUUGAACAAACAUGUGGCGAUUAGUGAGGAAUUCGCUCAUGAGUCUGAAGACAAAGCACGCUCUGCGGGCCUCAUGUUUGAUCGCAAGGUGGCCAGGGUUGUUACCCCGGGAACUUUGAUUGAUGAGAAGUUCAUUGACCCAUCGGAGAACAACUUCCUGUUAGCUAUUUACCUAGAUUGCGCUACAAUGCAAGCUCAAUCGAAGCAACAAGUUGGUGUCCAGUCAUCGCAACACGUUCUGGCCUCUGUCCCUCAACGUGCAGGCUUGGCCUGGCUUGACUUGUCUACUGGAGACUUCUACACUCAAAUUACAACUGCUCAAAUGUUGCCAUCUGCCAUUGCCAGGAUUGGGGCCCGCGAAAUUCUUGUGGACCAGGAGGUACGGGAUGUAAUUGGGCAGGAAUUACAGCAGCUUGUGGGACACGAGCACCGACUAGUCACUUUCUUCCAAUACCCAGAGACAGUCAAACCAAUGUCAGAAUGGGACUCAAUGCUCGAAGCGCCUAUCUCAGAUGAGACUCACGCAGAAUUCACUCCCGAGGAAGUAACAGCGGGAUACAGCCUGUUGCAGUAUAUUCGGGUGCAAUUACAGGGUUCCAACCUCAAAUUACAGCCUCCCCGCCGAAGACAUUUAGAUGAGUCAAUGAGCAUCGACCGCAACAGUCUGAGGGGACUAGAAAUCAUCGAAACUUCCCGAGAUGGAUUUGGCAAAGGAAGUCUGCUUCACGCAGUCCGCAGGACUUCCACCAAAAGUGGCGCACGACUUCUUCGAGACAGGUUGACCUCGCCGUCAUCAGCGCUUCCUGUGAUCAAUGAUCGAUUGGAUCUUGUCUCAGUCUUCGUUGAAAAUGAAGAUCUUCGUGAUAGUGUCAUUCAAAAUUUGAAGCGGAGUUAUGACUCCCAGCGGCUAGUUCAGAAAUUUGCCAUGGGUAAAGGAGACCCAGACGAUCUUAUCUGCCUGUCCCGGGCCAUUGAAGCUUCUCAGUGUAUCAAGCAAGUCCUUCUUGACCAUGGCCGGCGCUUGUCAUCGGAUACCAAUUCAGCCACAAAAGAGAGCCUUACACGCAUGAUCUCACGGCUAUAUCUCGAAGGCCCCACUGCUUUAGCUCAUAAGAUUACCGCAGCUAUUGACGAGGAAGGCCUUCUCCAGCGGCAGCGGAUCGAGGAUAGUACGGCUGCCGAAGCUGCGAAUCUGGCACAAAAAGUCGCUAUCAAUGAAGGCACCUCAAGUGAGCUGGAGUCACUGCCAAAGAGUGUAAGAACUCGGAAUAAUGAUAAAGUGGCCGCAUCUGAGUCCGAGGCCCUUGAAACUUGGAUCAUGCGACGGGAUGCAAGCGAUGGCUUGAGUUCUCUCCAUUCAGAACUGGAGCACCUGAUAGAUGAAAAAUCAGCCUUGACACAAAAACUCCGUGACCACGUUGGCUCUGCGGGAUCCACUGCUCUAACUUUGAAGUGGACACCGGGACUUGGUCAUAUUUGCCAUGUGAAAGGUGCUAAGAUAUCACAGAAAUCACUGGAAGACCUGGGUGUUACCCGCAAUGUCUCAUCAACAAAAUCCACACGAUCCUUUUACCUUCCCGCAUGGACAGAGCUGGGCAACAGAAUUGAUCGUGUCAAAGUUCGAAUUCGCCAAGAGGAACAGGCUAUCUUUGAACGGUUACGGAAAGAAGUCAUCAUGAACCUCGUCAAAAUCCGGCGUAAUGCCGCAGUUAUGGAUGAAUUGGACGUUGCCUGUUCAUUUGCGACACUAGCACAGGAGCAACAGCUGGUUCGCCCUAUUCUCAAUAACGGAACUUCCCAUAAUAUCGUAGGUGGGAGACAUCCCACUGUUAAACUUGGACUCGAGGAACAGGGCCGAUCUUUCGUGAGCAAUGAUUGUCAUCUCGGUGGUCAGGAACGCAUUUGGUUGAUCACAGGUCCGAAUAUGGCUGGGAAAAGCACGUUCUUGCGCCAGAACGCUUUGAUCACGAUCCUUGCUCAAGUCGGCUCAUACGUCCCUGCGGCCUAUGCUGAGAUUGGCGUAGUAGACCAGAUAUUCAGCCGUAUUGGCGCAGCUGAUGACCUCUUCCGCGACCAAUCGACUUUCAUGGUGGAAAUGCUUGAGACUGCUGCAAUACUGAAGCAAGCUACCGGGCGGUCAUUUGUGAUCAUGGAUGAAGCCCGGACACUCUUUGCCACUCAUUUCCACCGGCUCGCAGAUAUGACCCAAAGCUUUGAUCACCUUGAAUGUUAUUGUACAGAUAUCAAGGAGACAGCCCAAGGCGGGUUUUCUUUCGUCCACCGACUUCGGAAGGGUGUCAACCGUGAAUCGCAUGCUCUCAAAGUUGCUCAGCUAGCGGGGCUUCCCCGAGAGACGCUUGAGCUUGCCGAAAAGAUCCGCCAAGAGCUCAAGCAUGAGAAGUGCUAA